CUCACUCUCAGACACACACUCUCUCUUAUUUAUUCUGUUUCCAUAGCACUCACUCGUCCGUUAUCGUAUGAACCGUGUGAAUCCAGGGAUGUCUUUAUUCUUGUCUUUUCUCUCCACCCUUCUAUUUCUCCUCCUUCAAUUCAAUGCCUCUCCAAGUGAGUUUGCAUUAAGAUAGUUGGUUAGUUGAAUCCGUUGGAUUGGGUAAUUAUCAAUGGGGGGUGACACGAUGAAUGGGUCAUGGUUCAGUGCUCUGUGGCCAGUCUCUCGCAAGAGUGCAUCAGAAAACAAGGCAUUGAUUGGAGUUUUGGCAUUAGAAGUUUCGGGAUUGAUGUUGAAGGUGGUUAGUUUGUGGCAGUCUUUGAGUGAUGGGGAGGUGUUGAGUCUGAGGGAAGGGAUAGUGAACUCAAUUGGGGUCAAAAUGCUGGUGUCUGAUGAUGAUGAUUACUUGAUGGAACUUGCAUUGAAUGAGAUACUUGAUAACUUUCAAUCUCUAGCAGGGUCUGUGGCUAGGUUGGGUAAGAAGUGCAUGGAUCCGGUUUAUCAUCGUUUUGAACAUUUUGUUUGUAACCCGGCUCAAAAUUAUCUUCAGUGGUCUGGGUGGGAGUAUAGGUCGAAAAAGAUGGAGAGGAAGGUGAAGAAAAUGGAGAAAUUUGCCGCUGCUAUGACCCAGUUUUCCCAAGAGCUUGAGGUGCUAGCAGAGGUUGAACAGACUUUCAGAAGGAUGCAGGCGAAUCCUGAAUUGCAUCGGGUGAAAUUGCUUGAAUUUCAGAAAAAGGUCAUGUUGCAGCGCCAGGAAGUGAAAAAUCUGAGAGACAUGUCUCCAUGGAAUAGAAGUUAUGAUUAUGUUGUUCGAUUGUUGGCAAGAUCACUAUUUACAAUACUGGAGAGGAUCAUACUCGUCUUUGGAAAUAACCAUCUACCAAUUCUACAGCAACAAAAUGAUUCUCAACAUAUGAAUGCUAAUAAUCUGCUGCGGAGUCAUUCCUUCUCUGUUCUAAUGCAUUCUUCUGUUCAUCCUUCCGAGAAUGAUCUCUAUGGAUUCAAUUCAGGACCAGUUGGAGGGAGGUCAGCAUCCAAGUCAGGCUCUGUAGUUGACAAGAGCAAGAGAAAGAAGAAACAGCAGCACGCCCUUCAUCAACCGGCUUUAUAUGGAAAGCAUUCGCGUUCAGAAAGCAAGCAGUUAGGACACAUUGUGGCCUUCAAAGGUUGUAUGUCUGCUGCGAACAAUUCUCCUGUCUUACAGAGCUGUAUGCAGACAAAUGGAGGUUCCAUGAGGUUGACAGAUUGUCAUUUGAAAUCUAGUGAUAAAAUGAAAACAGUGGAUAAAUUAUCACUCUCCAACAGAAUUAGAAUAUAUUCUAAAUUAUCCAUCAAUAACCGGUUAAAGUCAGCUUCAUUCACCCUUGGCGAUGCGGCCCUAGCACUUCGUUAUGCAAAUAUGAUUGCAUUGAUAGAGAGAGUGGUAUCAUCACCUCACCCAAUUGAUCUUGAAACAAGAGAUGAUCUGUACAAUAUGCUUCCGACUUCUAUAAGAACUGCUCUGAGGGCUAAGCUUAAGUGCCAUGCAAAAAGUAAAUCUUCCUCUAUCCAUCAUGAUGCAAACCUUGCAGCAGAAUGGAAUAUGGUACUUGUACGGAUAUUGGAAUGGCUGGCUCCGCUUGCACAUAACACAAUAAGGUGGCAUUCCGAGAGAAAUUUUGAGAAGGAGAACACAACUUUGAUCGCAAAUAUUUUACUUGUUCAAACUCUCUACUUUGCAAAUCAAGCAAAAACUGAAGCUGCAAUGAUUGAUCUUCUUGUAGGUCUCAACCAUGUAUGCAGGAUUGAUACAAAAGUGUGCAUAGGAGAUACAGUGGAUUUUGCUAGCACUAGAUCUUUUAACGGUGUUCGUUUGAGAAAGAAUGGAAUGUACAAUGAAUUUUUAUAGUGACAUUGACAACAUCUGAAUGUUAAUGUCAUCAGCAAUGUAUAGCUAUCAUUUUCAAAUGGGAGGCCUUGCCUAAUAGUACUUUUAAUAUUAGUAUGUUGCCGAGGCGAGUUACGAUUGAACCAAUGUAGUUUAAGGUAUUCACAUUAGAUUAUUUGCCCAAAAUACUUUAAAAAAAUGUCUUCACUGGCAAAUUUAUGAUUUUUAAAAAAAUAACCGUCUUUUUAGUCAAAUGUCUUAGUUAAAGAGUGUUCGGAUGAUGCAAUUGUUGUAAAACAAAUAGCAUUUGAAUGCAACGUUAACUUGAUGUUAAUUAUUUUAAUCGAAAUGAAGCUUCUACACUAUCCUUCU